AUGAGCAGGCGCGAGGAGGAAUGUCUGAUCGAGGAGGAGCCGGAGUGUUCGCGGAAAAACGAUGGGCGCCAAAUCUUCCGAAUACUCUCGCGUGAGGGCCACGAGUUCGCGAUGGAGAAGGGCGCCUGCAUGCACUCGGUGAAGCUGGCCGAUAUGAUCCGCACGCGCAAGAUGAGGGAGGUACCCAUGUUGGAGGUCUCUUCCGCAAUGCUGAAGCUCAUCGCCGACUGGUGCACCUUCCACAAGUACAUGCCGCACCAAUGGAAGGAGCCGCACGGCUGGUACCACUUGCGCCAUCCAGACAUGAUCACGUGGGCAAAGAAAUACACGACCGCCCUCACGCCGCAACAACUGCUCGAGCUGGCCACGGUGGCGAACAAUUUGCAGAUUGGAUCGUUGGUGGCAAGUGUAUGUGACGAGAUCGGCGGACGCCUUCGAGGACAAACGGUGGAACAGAUGCGCGAGAUGUGGAACAUCCCCGCCGACCCGGUCGAGAUCGACGAGAAGGCGGCCAGCGAGCGCAAGACCAAGGCCCUCGAAGCCCUCCGGCAGCAGCUGUUGCGCAGCCUGCGCGCGCGAAAAAAUAACAAAAGAGUGCCACCCAUGUGU